UACUUUUCCACUUCUAAUUUUACUUGUUUGACUUUGAAUUCAAUGAUAAGUUUAUGUGUAUGUAUGUUAUUUGCUUAGUGUUACUUCUUCUGGUUGUGAUUGCUAUGGUUAAUUUCUGUAUUGUAUAAUAAGAUAUUAUGAAUGAAACCCGAUUCCGAUUCCAAUUAGCUAAGGUAAUACUUUUCCUCUUCAGCUUCAAUUUCAACUUUAGUUCAAUAAAACUUUUUUCUGUGCGUGUACAUGUAUUAUUUGCUUUUGUCAUUCUUUCAUAGAUAUAGAUAAAUAUUUAAUUUGGAACUGUUCUUUGCACCUAUUGAUCAUAACACAAUGCAUUAGAUUGUUUGUGUGAAAUUCAAUGUAUAAGUGAAUGGGUCUUCUUAAAUUUUGAUUUCAUUAGAUUCCAUGUUUGAAAAGUUUCUGAUUUUUUUUGUAAUUGAAGUGAUUUGCCUUAGGUGAUGCUCUCUAUUUUGUAUCGUGAAUUUCUUAACAUUGAAAACUUAAUCGAAUUAUGAAGUCCUUAUGAAUUGAGGCAAUUGUGUUUUAGUUCUUUUUGGGUGGUGGGGGGAUGCCAAUUGUGUGUGAAGUCCUUAUGAAUGGAGGCAGUUAUAUACUGUCAAUACAUCUGUAUUAUUUAUAAAUGUCCCUUAUUGUGUCACUGAUCAGAUCUCCAUGUUUGGAGUGUUUCAUGGGGUUUAAACACAGUGAUAUAAAAAAACUGAGCAGUAUACAAAACCCAUUUGAUCGUGAAAUGAUCAUCUGGAGAAGUCCUUGGAAGGAACUUGCUGAAACAUAUAUGCAAUUUUAAUGCUUAAAUAGUUGGACGAUUCUAUUCCUUAAAUUUAGGAUUUAAAUUAUGGCUGUGAAAUGCCAUUGCCAUAGUCUCUUUCCUAUUAUUAUUGUUUAUGCUAAGAUUAAAAUGGUUGGAACUUGGAGAGCUAAAUUAAACAAGUUCCAUCUUGAACCGGCUUCUAUUAUCUGCUGUGUAUGGAACAUUGUCAAUUAUCUUGAACCAUGUGUAAUAGUGUUAAUUGAAAUUAUGGUAUUUUAUAAAAUCUUUGAAUUAUUGUUAGGGCUGCAAGAACUUGGGGGUGCGGUUGAUCUAUGAUCAUAUCUUGCAAUUUGGCCUUCUUAUAUCGUGUGUUUAGAGUUGUCAUUAACAUGUUGAUCUCAUAAGUAAACAAACUAGAUAUAAUAAUGUGUCAUAUUUUGGAUUAUAAACUCGAUACUAUGUAAACUUUUAAAAUUUAAAAUUUUAAUCAAUAUUUGGAUUAUACUAUUAUGUGUUAAAGAGCUUUUAUUUUUGUUUAAAUUAUUAAUUCUUGAAAAAUUAUUAUCAAAUUUGCAAUUAUUUGUUGUAACAAGUAUAUAUAUAGGAAUGAUAAAAGAGAUAUCGUGUCGGGUCGGGUCAAUGCUGAGUUGAGCUCGACGCGGUCUGAUUGACAUUCCUAUAUAAUUAUAUUUUGCUCUUUAUAAUUAUUUAUUAUUGUUAAUUUUUUUUAGAAAAUUAUAUGAAAAAUAAUAAAUAAAAAUUAUUUUGAACAUUUAAAAAGAAAAAAAAUAUUAAAUUAUUAAUAUAUUUUUUUAAAAAAUAAUCAUUAUUGUAAAAAAAAAAAUUGUCACAAUCCAUUCCUAUGUCAACCAAACAAAGUAAUCUUCAUAUUCCUAGGCAUCAUCAUAAUAUUACUGCACAUAACCAAACAUACUAAUGUUGCUUUCCUAGGUUUAUAAUUUCCUUCAUUACUCUCCCAGCAAUGUUAAACCUAUUCCCAUGAAAUGAAACCUACAUACCAAACGAAAGUUCAGCAGUAAGGAACAGGAUGAAGAGGUAGGAGACAGGGGCGGCUAGGGCUUCACCAAGUUAAGAUGUUAAUAUUCCAGGCAAAUAAAACACACAGUUUUGAGGGAUGUUAACUUUCCCUCAGUGUAAAGACAAGGGUAACCCACGGUAAACUUAAAACUCCACUCAAAAAAAUUAAAAAUGCAUACCAAACAUAGGUUAGACUUAGUGAUCCCAUUCCCGAGUAAGGAAAACUGUGUACCAAAAAUAAUUUGGGCUUUACACACAUAUUUGGGCCUACUACUUUCUUCCCCAACCCCUAACAGCCAACCCUAACCCAGUUUGAUUGACUCUCUCUCCCACACGCAACCAUUCUCAAGCUCCGGUGGACCAUUCAGGCAAACACUACUCUGCUCCGGAGUCUCAAUUCUACCUUUCUACAAGUGGUAGUAGCAAAGAUGUGGAGACUCAUACCCAAAAAGUUGUACUGGCUUCCAGCCAGAAGCGCCACGCCCAACCCUACAGCUGAUGCUCGCACAAGCAUUAAGUAUUGCAGUAUGCAAACCCAGAGCUCGGUUAAAGAAAUUUGCAACAUUCUCACGCAGAAGAACUGGAAGUUCCUUAUGGACUCAUCAUACACACCCAAUAAGCUAAACCCAGAACUAAUUCGCUCCGUUAUUCGCCAUAAUAGGUUGGUUGAGCCGAAACGCCUCCUUGACUUUUUUAUAUGGUCCGAAACCAAAGUGGGUACUUCACAGGAUUUGGAGGUGUUGUCUUUUCUUGCCAUUUCCCUUAGCAACUCAGGUUUUUAUUUGCCUUCCUGUGAUAUUAUCGAUCGUAUGAUUAAGCAAUGGAAGUCCCCUUUUGAUAUUUUGAGCUGUGUUGCUAGGUGUUUUAGAGAAUGUGUUGGCUCUAGACCUGUCAUUUUUGAUAUGUUGGUUGAUAGGUAUAUGAAAUUGGGUUUGUUUGAUGAAGCUGUGGAUGUGUUUUUGGGUUUGAAAAGUGUUGAGUUCUUGCCUAGUUUGCUUUCAUGCAAUUUAUUGCUGAAAGAGUUAUUAAGGACUACCAAUAUGGGAUUGUUUUGGAAGGUCCAUGAUGGGAUGUUGAAGAUGAAGAUAUCCUCUGAUGUGUUUACUUAUUCUAAUGUUAUUGAGGCUCAUUUUAGGGCUGGCGAUGUUGAUGGGGCUAAAGGGGCCUUGUUGGAAAUGGAUGAAAAGGGUUGCAGCCCAAAUGUGGUUACAUACAACGUGAUGAUUAGCGGUUUAUGCAGAGCUGGGCUUGUUGGUGAAGCAGUUGAGAUGAAGAAGUCAAUGGCUGAAAAGGGUUUAGUUCCUGACAAGUAUACUUAUGUAACCCUUAUUAAUGGAUAUUGCAGGAAAAGGAAACUGGCAGAUGCAAGUAAGUUGUUAAGUGAAAUGGUUAAUGCAGGAUUGAAGCCUGAUGAAAUUGCCUACAAUCCUCUAAUUGAUGGGUUUAUGAAAAGUGGUAAUGUGGAAGAGGCUUAUAGGAUUAAAGAUGAAAUGGUUAAGCAUGAUAUAAGGUUAGGUCUUGUCAAUUAUAACACUAUUCUGAAUGGAGUUUGUAAGGCCGGCUUGAUGUCCAAGGCUAGAGAUAUUGUUGAUGAGAUGAUUAGAAUGGGUAGCAGACCAGAUUCUAGAACUUAUACCUCGUUGAUUGAGGGCUAUCUCCGGGAACGUGAUACUGUCAAUGCUUUCAAAAUAUUUGAUGAGAUGAAGAAGAGAAACUUGGCACCUACAAUUGUAACAUACGGAAUAUUAAUUAAUGGGUUAUGUCGUGGUCGAAAUCUUGAUCAAGCUAAUGAUUUUCUAAAGGAAAUGGUUUCAUUUGGGUUGAAACCAAAUUCCGUUAUCUAUAAUACUCUUAUUUCAGCCCAAGCAAAGGCAGGUAAAUUUGAAGAAGCAAGAGAGAUUUUAGAUAAGAUGAAGGAACAAGGGAUUUCACCAGAUGUAUUUUGCUACAAUUCUUUAAUAAUGGGUUUGUGCAAAGAAAAUAAGUUGGAAGCAGCUAGGAUUUGCUGGGAUGAAAUGUUGGCAAGAGGAUUAAAGCCAAAUGCUUUUACUUUUGGAGCUUUUGUUAGGGCAUAUACUAAUGUUGGGGACAUGGAGAUGGCUGACAAGUAUUUUAAUGAGAUGCUAGCGUAUGGUCUGGUGUCUAAUGAUGAAGUUUACGGAGUCUUAAUUGAUGGACACUGCAAAAAGGGAAACUUAACUGAAGCUAACUUAGUACUUAUGCGUAUGCUAGCUCGUGGAAUUCUCCCAGUUGUACAAACAUAUGGGGUUCUUAUAAAUGGUCUAUCAAGGAAUGGCAAAGUGCUAGAAGCUCUAAGUAUCUUGUCAGAACUUUGUGAAAAAGGACUGAAUCCUGAUGUGUACAUAUACAACUCUCUCAUCACUGGGUUCUACAAACAAGGUGAUGUAGACAUGGCUAUGCGGCUUCUUGAUGAGAUGCACAUAAAGGGUGUAAAUCCUAACAUUAUGACGUACAAUGUUUUGAUUAAUGGAUUAUGCAAGGCAGGUGAUGUUGAAAAAGCGAAGAACCUAUUCAUUAGCAUUGAGGAAAAGGGAUUGAUCCCCAAUAGUGUGACAUACGCUACAAUGAUAGAUGGUUAUUGCAAAUCCGGAAAUGUGGCCGAUGCAUUCCAACUAUUUCAUGAGAUGCCAUCAAAGGGAGUCCCAGCAGAUAGUUAUGUUUACAAUGCUCUUCUUGAUGGAUGCUGCAAAGAAGGAAAAUUGGAGGAAGCACGAGAGCUUUUUCGAGAUAUGUUGCUUAAAGACUUUGCUUCUACAAUGUCUUUCAACUCAUUGAUUGAUGGACUCUGUAAAAGGAACAGACUUGAAGAAGCUAACCUUUUAUUGGAAGAAAUGUCUGAAAAACACAUCUUGCCUGACAAUGUAACAUAUACAACUCUGAUCAGCUAUUAUUGCAAUGCCCAAAACAUGCAGGAAGCAAAACAACUUUUCUUAAAGAUGCAAGCAAUGAAUCUUACCCCAACUAUUGUAACCCUUACAUCACUUCUAAAUGGUUACAACAUUAUAGGAGAUAGAUCUGAAAUUCUUUAUCUAUAUGAGGAGAUGCUAGCUAAUGGGAUUGAGCCUGACAAAGUAACCUAUUGUGUACUAAUUGAUGCUCAUUGUAAAGAAGGGGACAUAAAAGAAGCUUUAAGGCUGAAAGAUGAGAUGUUAAAGAAGGGUAUACCCAUGAGCUUUGGCACAUGUCAUGCUCUAAUACAAACCCUCUGUGAAGCAGAAGAGUUUUUACAAGCACUGAACUUCCUUAAUGAAAUUGGAGAAGCAGGGCUUAGUCUAAGUCUUUCUGCAUGUAGCAUGAUAGCUUCUGGUCUCCAAAGGGCUGGACAUAUGGAUAAAGCUGCAGAGGUAUUGGAGCACAUGAUAUCUUUUGGAUGGGUGAAGAACUCUGCAAGCCUAGCUGACUUAACUGCUGGCAAUGAAGAUAUUAUAAAUUCUGAGGACUCCAAUAAUCUCGUCAAGCAGAUUUAGUACUAUGUUUGCACAGAGAACCCCAGAUAGUAUAACUGCAUAGAAAAAGGUUUUCUACAUUUGCUGUCCUGCCUAAGUAUAUAGCUUUUGCAUUGCCAACAGCCACGUAAACUCUUUUAAAGUGCUUUAUGUAUUGACUUUGUUGGUACCUUAUAAUGGUUUGGCAUUUUUACUGUCAUUGUUUAUCUCUAUACAUGCAAUACGUUAUAAACUUGGUUUUCAAUUAUUGGGAAUCUUGUGGGUCGUGCUUCAGAAAUUGAUCCCAUUCAAUGAAGUGACAAGUGUACAAAGAUCAAAGACAUUAUCUUCCCUAAUGCAAUAGAAAUUUUUGUUGGAAGCAUAAAGGUAGUGCUUUUAUGUUAAUUUUUGUAUUGGCCCUGAUACAGCCUCUAUUUGUCAUGCUCUUUCAUUUUAGUGUCAGGUUUGAUGGUUUGCAUAAUUCUUUAAUUGACAGUAUUUCUCUGGUCAUUUCUCUUUCGUGAUGAAGCUUUCAAGCUUAUCAUUGAUGGGUGGUUGCAACAAAGUAAUGGCGCCAAACUAACUACAGAUCAGGAUUCAAUAUCUGUAGCCAGAAGCCAUGAGAAUGGAGUUGUGAUUGAGGAAGUCACUAGCAUUAUUCAGGCAGUUGAUGAAGUGGAUUCUAUCAACAGGAAGCUAGACAUCUCAAUUGCACAAGAUUUUUUUGGCUCCUUCCAUUGUUGAAGAUGUUGCUGCAAAUUGUGGAACAGGAUACACUAAUAGUUCCGGAAACUAAGUCUUCAUAUUCAACCACCAGUUCUAUAUGGAAGCAGAAGGAUUGUGAAGCCCCCAAGAUUGGAUAUGGCUGCCCCUGCACUUGCUGCUUUGAAGGAACCUAUAGUGAUAGCUGAAGUAGAUGCAGACAAGUUUAGUCGGCUUGCUACGAAAUUCGACAUUGAUGGAUUUCCUACUCUGAAGAUCUUUAUGCAUGGUGUCCCAAUGGACUACAAUGGACCUAGGAAAGAAGAUUUACUUGUUCGUUAUCUAAAGAAAUUUGUGGCACCUGAUGUUUCUAUACUUGAUUCAGACUCUGCUAUUAGUAACUUUGUUGAGGCAGCUAGAACUUACUUUCCCAUAUAUAUUGGGUUUGGCUUGAAUGAAUCUGUUAUAUCAGAUAUGGCUAAAAAGUAGAAGAAAAAAGCAUGGUUUUCUGUGGCAAAGGAUUUCUCAGAGAACAUGAUGGUCUUGCAUGAUUUUGAUAAAGUUCCAGCUUUGGUUGUCCGUCAUCCUAGUUACGAUGAACAAAGCGUCUUCUAUGGCCCUUUUGAUGGUUUGUUUUUCUAUAAUUGUUGUCCUCGUAAAUUUUCUUUUUGAAUUCAGUUGGUUCUAUGACUUUUCCCCCUACCAAUUUUGUUUUUCUUUCUACAUUCAGAAGAUGGAGUUAGUUUUAUAAUAUAAUUCUUUGGUUCAUACUUGUGCAUUUGGAGGCAUUGUUGAAUGCACUUCUUGCUUCAGAAGCCAUUCCCAUAUAUUUUUGAGAUCCUUUGAAAGGCAUUAGAAACAGAUAUCACAUUUAGCUAAUCAAAAGUUCAGAAUUGAUCACCGUUGGAUGCUUUGUUCUGUUUCACAUUAAGAAAUAACAGUACACAUUUACCUGAGAAUAUAAAAAAACACUGUUUUCUCAUUAGGUUGGUGUACUGUUUCCUAUUUAUUUUAUAUUUAAAAUUCAAAGUGUA